AAAGUAACAACAAUUGAUAUAUCAGAACAUAUAUCAUUUAAUGUAAGUCUUUCAUUAGACAUACUUUAAGCCUUGAAAUGAAAAGUGUUCAUCUACAAACUACGUUAGGAACUGCCUUUUGUACAAGAUGUUUGGCUCUAUAACCUGACAAUUAAACAGAUAUUAGAGAAAAAAAUGAUAAAUGAGAGGUUGGACAGGAAUAACAGAACAUAAUAUGGAUGAGUUAAUACAAAAAAUCAUAUGCUGGAAUGAUAAAAAAAAAAAUGCAAUUUCAAAAGUUUUAGUAUUUUUGGGGUAUUUUAAUAAAUUGCUUUCUUUGGGAAGAUUUAAAUCAUUUAGUAUUUUUGGAUCAACAACUAACAAUGCAUUGCUAAUUGGCUACUACUAGUUGUACUUGAAUUCAUGAAUCCUCUUUUUUGUUCUUCUCAUAAACCAAAUGUCUUUCAAUUCCAUUAGUAAGAAGACACUACAAACCUCAAGAACAAUUUCAUUCCUUUUCAACCUCUUCCCUCUUUCUCCAUCUUCCUACCACUCAUUCGCCAACCAACAAUCACUAACCACCGACUGUUACACUUCACUUCUCCAAUCUUGUAUCGCUUCCAAGGCGUUAAACCCAGGGAAACAGCUCCAUGCCCAUUUCUGCCACCUGGGUCUUCCUUACAAUCAAAACUUGGCCACUAAACUCGUCCAUCUUUACAGCGUUUCCAACUCUCUCAUAAAUGCACAUAACCUGUUCGACAAAAUUCCCAAAGGAAAUUUGUUUCUCUGGAAUGUUUUGAUUCGGGGUUAUGCAUGGAAUGGGCCCCACGAUGCUGCCAUUUCACUCUAUCAUGACAUGCUUGACUAUGAGCUCAAGCCCGAUAAUUUCACUUUACCAUUUGUUCUUAAGGCGUGCUCAGCACUUUCUGCAGUUGGAGAGGGAAAGAGGAUCCAUGAGUAUGUGAUAAAAAAUGGGUGGGAGAGAGAUGUGUUUGUUGGUGCAGCCCUUAUUGACAUGUAUGCCAAAUGUGGUUGUGUGAUCGAUGCCCGAUAUGUGUUCGAUAAAAUUCUUGUGAGGGAUGAUGUGUUGUGGAACUCUAUGCUUGCAGCUUAUGCUCAAAAUGGACACCCUGAUGAAUCACUUUCUCUGUGCCGUGAGAUGGCCGCAACGGGUGUGAGACCUACCGAGGCAACUCUUGUGACUGUGAUUUCGUCUUCAGCUGACAUUGCCUGUCUCCCAAAUGGGAGGGAAAUUCAUGGAUUUAGUUGGAAACAUGGAUUUCAAUCCAAUGACAAGGUCAAAACCGCUUUGAUUGAUAUGUAUGCAAAAUGUGGUUAUGUGAAAGUUGCCCGUGCUUUGUUUGAUCGUCUUAGGGAGAAAAGGGUCAUUUCUUGGAAUGCAAUUAUUACCGGUUAUGCAAUGCACGGUCUUGCUGUUGAAGCUUUAGACUUGUUUGAAGAAAUGAGAAAGGAGGCUCGGCCGGAUCUUAUAACCUUUGUUGGUGUUCUUGCGGCUUGCAGCCGAGGGCGUUUGUUGGAUGAAGGACGGGAGUUGUAUAACUUGAUGGUGAGGGAUUAUGGUAUCAAUCCUACAGUUCAACAUUACACGUGCAUGGUUGAUCUCCUUGGUCACUGUGGUCAACUGGAUGAGGCAUAUAAUCUUAUACGACAUAUGAGUGUUAAGCCAGAUUCUGGUGUAUGGGGUGCUUUGCUGAAUUCAUGCAAAAUCCAUGGGAAUGUGGAAUUGGCCGAGUUAGCUUUAGAGAAACUAAUUGCGCUUGAGCCCGACGAUUCUGGAAAUUAUGUGAUUUUGGCUAACAUGUAUGCUCAAUCAGGCAACUGGGAAGGAGUUGAAAAAUUGCGGCAGUUAAUGAUAGACAAAGGAAUAAAGAAAAACAUUGCUUGUAGCUGGAUUGAAGUAAAGAACAAAGUCUAUGCAUUUCUUUCAGGAGAUGUUUCACACCCAAAUUCUAAUGCAAUAUAUGCAGAGCUGAAGAGAUUAGAAGGACUAAUGCAUGAAGCUGGAUAUGCCCCAAAUACAGGAUCUGUUUUCCAUGAUGUGGAGGAAGAUGAGAAGACAAAUAUGGUGUGCAGUCAUAGUGAAAGACUAGCUAUUGCAUUUGGACUCAUAAGUACAUCACCAGGAACCCGACUUUUGAUAACAAAGAAUAUCCGAAUUUGCGAGGACUGUCAUGUUGCUAUUAAGUUCAUUUCAAAGAUUACAGAGAGGGAGAUUACUGUAAGAGACGUUAAUCGCUAUCAUCAUUUUAAACACGGCAUGUGUUCAUGUGGUGAUCAUUGGUGAUGAGGAUGCAAUCCAGUUGGAAAAACCAGCCAACACAAGAGUCACUGGUCAGCCAACACAACAAUCUCUUUAUCAAAGUUUUGUCCAAAACGAUUGAGUUCAUUAUACAUAAAACGAGUUCAUAUUUAUACUAUAAUUCUAUUUUUGUAAGCUAAUGGAAAAGUGAAAACUAUCGAUUAUGAAAGUAUAUUAAAUUAUUUUUGCACCAAAUGAAGGUUAAACUCACAGGACCAACCAGUGUUACAUUGAUGAUCAAUAGGCCAUUCUUACAAGAGAAAUGCUAACUGGUGCAAAAAUUUGAGUAUAUAUCUAGCAAUUGAAUUACAUAUUAUAUAUCAUUGAAAUUAAUGAUUGUGUAUUA